AUGACCACUAUUCAUUUGCCUUCUGUUCCGGCAGCGAAACUCGUCCUCACGCCGCCUCAGUCGGCUCUCAGCAGCUCUGAGGAUCCUAGUAUUGAGUCGUAUGCUCCCUGGCCCGUGUUGGAUAGAGCUGCAGGUACUGCAAAAUGCAAAUACGUAACGCGGGGAUCGAUGUUGGGAGAUGGACAUUUCAGUGUUGUGAAGGAAUGCAUGAACGUUUAUACGAAGGACAUGUAUGCGUUGAAGAUGGUACAUAAGAGUAUGAUAAAAGGGAAGCUUCAGUUGAUUCAACGGGAAGUCAAGCUUUUGAGGCUAGUCAGCGACAAGAUCAGGCAGCUGGAAAAGAAGAAUUUCCGCACUCUCGACGUCUUUGAGGGACAUCAUCAUGUCCUGCAACUGUUCGAUUACUUCGAGACAUCCGAGAGCAUUGCUUUGGUCACGCAGCUAUGUGAUAAGGGAGAUCUAUACGAGAGAAUCAUUGAAAACAGUUCAUUAGAUCUUAAUCUGCAAGUCAAGCCCUAUUGUGCCUGUCUCUUGAGUGUCCUUGAUUUUCUUCAUAGCAAUGGAGUAGCUCAUAGGGAUCUAAAGGCAGAGAACGUCUUGUUUAGGUUGCGAGUGAACAAAAAUGAACCGGAGGAGCAUCACGGUAAUUUCAAGUACGACUUGAAAGCUCAUGAUGUGAUUUUGGCAGAUUUUGGUCUGGCUACUCAAAUUGACACACCAGAUGCAUCUACCAAUUUGAAAGAGUUUGUCGGCACGACCUCAUAUAUUGCGCCGGAGAUUGUGCGUUGCAAGGGUGUCGGAUCUAUGUCACUACAGGAGAUACAGAAACUGGAAAAAUAUGGUUGCCCAGUGGAUAUUUGGGCACUUGGCGUUUUGACGUAUUUCAUGGCUCUCGGUUACACACCGUUCGACUGUGAUACUGAUGAAGAGACAUUAGAGUGUAUCAAAAAAGUGGACUAUUACGUCGAUGAAGAGAUGCGAGCAGAUCCUAAAAUGAAGGAGUUCUGGAGUUUCUUAGAGUGCUGUUUCAUAGAAAACCCUGCAGAAAGACCCACAGCGACGAGUCUAAAACAUCAUCCUUUUGUGAAAGAUUUCUUUGUUACGUCUGCGUCGGAUGAUAGCUCAUUCAUUUUACCGCAGGUAAUGAAAAAGAGCGGUUCUACCUCGUCAUUACAUUCUUUGAGGCAGCCUUCAAGGUCCGCUUCAUCUAGCACGUUAGCCUUCCUCUCAUUGAACUUUAAUAAUACCUCGCCAUCACCCACAGCUCAGGCCAGCAAACCCACAACUCCACCAUACAGGGAGGCUAGAAUCAGCUCCCGCGAAAGGAGCUUGAAGCAAGUUAGAGACACAUUGAAAAAGACUCUAUCGAUGACCUCGCUCAAUAGCGCCAAUCAUUCAAUUUCAACCGUACAGUCAAAAUUAAACUCUACUUUUGUUCUGGAACCCAAGCCUCCAGUUAACUCUCUGAUGAACGGUUGCUUCAGUACCACGCCAGAAUCAAGAUCGAAUUUUAGCACUCCGAGAUCUCUUUCGAGACAAAGCUCAGCUAGCAGCAUCUACGUUGUUAGCCAACCUCCUGCUGCGUCUAACUUUAUCAGUUCGCCAGAGAACGAAGAUUUAGAUGAUGAUGAGGAUAUGGGAAUUGUUAUUUAA